GCCGAAAGGCGUAGUCGAUGGACAACAGUAUAAAGAGGCUUCUAAAGAUAUGAUUAUGAUACUCGUACCAAGAACGAACACACGUGGUCGGGGAGAAUAUCCUCAGGCCAGCGAGCAAACUAUAGUUAAGGAACUCGGCAAAUUAGCCCCUACCGGUGAAGAUGCCGGUUACCCGCAACUAGACGGAAAGACCCCGUGGAGCUUUACUGCAGCUUGA